AUGGUGCACACUUCUGACAAACAGCACCUCCUGGACAACAUUGAGACUGCCAUCAUGCACUCAUUGAUGGUGGAAUCCAAGAUGCAACUUGAUCUGAUGGAUGUCAAUGCCACUUGGCACCCUAAUGAUGACCUUGAAGAGUCUGAUGAUGACAUGUUUGACUUUCAAGGGGCUGUUCACAUGACCCCAGAUGCAUUCCAAGCUCUCACUUACAGACUCAGCACAACCAAUGCCUUCAGAUCAAUAUCAAGCUUUCAGUGUGUUCAGCAGCAAGUGGAAGUUGGUCUAUAUCAGUUUGGAUGGUCAGGAAAUGGUGGUGGAGUUUGUGAUGUUGCAUUUGCCUGUGGUUGCAGUUGGGGCUCAGUUCACAAGUGGACAGAUAGGACUAUUGCAGGCCUAUAUGAGCUGAACAGCAAGGUAGUAACCUUUGCAACUGAAGAUGAGUGUGCUAAGGCAAAAGCAUGGGUUGCUGAUAAGAGUGGAGUCAAGGAAUGGUCUAGAGUAUGGUUGGUGGUAGAUGGUACACACAUCAAUCUUGCUUGGAAGCCAGCACUCAAUGCUUGUGAGCAUUACUCAUACAAGGGUGAUUAUACAUUCAACAUUGCCCUUGUCUUCCUCCCUCAUUCCUUGUGCAUUGUUGAGUUGGUGGUUGGACAUCCUGGGUCAUCACAUGAUGUGCAAGUCUGGGCUUCAGGCAGUGGUAUUGUUGUGAAGCCUUGUUUGCAUCUUGAUGAAGGCAAGUUUGUCUGGGUUGAUGCUGGUUAUGGCUACUCCAGCUACAUGGUUGGACCAUACAGCAACACUGCAGUUGCAAAGAGCAGAGAUCUCCACUACUUCAACUAUUCACUCUCCUGCAUUCAUGUCAAGGCUGAACAUGGCAUUGCCUACCUCAAGAACCACUUCCAAUGUCUCAUGGGAUUUUGA